AUCACAACCCACAGUGAUAAUGGCAGCCAAUUUCCAUGUCAAACAUCCCAUAGCUCAGUAGCUCUAAUUGUAGUGUGAAUUGACGACUUUAAGCCCACUGAGGGAAAGGUUAGAGAAUACCUCCACUCUGUUAGCUACCUAGUGCCAUCACGGUUCAAUUCAGGGGCCUGAGCCUUUUUACCCUUUGUACUAUCUUCAGAUGGAAAAAGAUUUCUGUUGGCCCAAGGUGUCUAUUGGCCCAUUUAUUGCGUGUAAACACGCUCCUCCGUGAGUGAUUGUGAUGUGAUAUGAGGUGUCACAUUAGAGGAGCUGUUCUGGAUGGGUGGGGGGGGUCCAGCUGCUGUAACCACCACCCACUACUAUCACACGGCAGUGAGAGGAGGACAUGGAAGUGUAGCUGCUACUUAGCUCAUCAGGACGGGAUGAGAAGGAGAGAUCACAUCCGUUCCAUUCAGUUUAACACGGAGAGAAAAGUUGUCUGCUACUUUACUAAAGUCAAAGACCACAGCUCACAGCUCUGCCAAGACAACCAGACUGACUUUCCCAGGAAGAGAGAGAGAGCUGCAGCACAGAGUUCUGGAGAAUGGAUCGAUAUACCGCAACUUUCAAACGUUAAACUCUACUCCUGUGUUUUUCAUUUUAUACACGCAGAAUAUGUAUUUUCAUGCAGAGUGCUGAGAAGUGUUCACCACCGAGCCAAACUAAGCGCAACGAGUUAUUUGAAGUUUGGUGAAAUAACACUGUCGGCAAUGCCGCGACCAGGGAGGAAUACGUACAGCGACCAGAAACCUCCCUAUUCCUACAUCUCCCUCACCGCCAUGGCCAUCCAGUCCUGCCCGGAGAAGAUGCUCCCUCUCAGCGAGAUCUACAAGUUCAUCAUGGACAGGUUCCCUUAUUACAGAGAGAACACCCAGCGGUGGCAGAACUCCUUACGACACAACCUGUCCUUCAACGACUGUUUCAUCAAGAUCCCGCGGCGUCCGGACCAGCCCGGGAAGGGUAGUUUCUGGGCUCUGCACCCCAGCUGCGGGGACAUGUUCGAGAACGGGAGCUUCUUGCGGCGCCGUAAACGGUUCAAAGUGAUGAUGAUGAUGGCGGCGCAGGAGCACCUGGCUCAGUCCAAGCUGUCUGACGCGGCCCAUUACCUCCAACAACAGGCUAAGCUCAGGCUUAGCGCCCUGGCUGCCACCAGCACACACCUCCCUCAGGUCUCCAGCUCUAACGUGGGAGUGUCACAGCCAUCAACUUUUAAACAUCCAUUUACUAUAGAGAACAUCAUCGCCAGAGAGUAUAAGGUGCCUGGGAGUCAGUCUAUGUCUGCAGGCUACCCGUUGCACAACCAGCUGACUGCGGCCUGGCCUCACAUGUACAACACUAUGGUGGACUCUGUUUCUCCUAUCUCAAUGAGCGGUGACUAUGGGGCCUUCGGCAUGCCCCUUAAAUCAAUGUGUCACGAAGGACAGACCCUCCCGGCCAUCCCAGUGCCCAUCAAACCCACCCCGACCCCGGUGACUCUCCCUGGGGGGCCGACGCCCCACAUCCCCGCCUUCCUCUCCAACUCUUACCGGUCUCUGAGCCCCAUGUCCCCGCAGGCAGCCACCACUCCCAGGGAGACUCACACCAACCCCACAGUGCAGUCCGUGGUGGUGCAUUGACCUCCAGAGCUAUACGGAACUCUUUAUGAAUGAGACCAGCAGGUUCAGACCAAUUCCUUAGUUUAAUUGUGACUCUUGUUUCCGUGUAGCAGCGUAGAGCCUACAUUGUGUAUUUGCUUUGAAUGCUCAUUGUCUUAUAACAUGGGUCCAAUAGAGAUAUAGGGAAAUAUCGCUCUUCAGCUUAUAAAGUAUCUGUGUUUACAGUUUUGUACGAGUUGUAACGGAGUGAGGCACUGCAAACAGAGUCUCAGUCAGAAGAAUGAGAGAGAUACUUCCUUUUCUUAAAAAAACAAACAUUAUUUCAUUUGUAUCUGGACUUCCAAUACUUUAAUUGCACCUGACACCCUAUGGUUACAUUGGGUAGGUCAUGGCAGACUUUUUUACUGCAUUAUUGCAGUUAUUAUCGAGGACCUCGAAGUUAAUUAUAGGGAUUAUAACUGAACAAUGCAAAGCCCUCUGAACUACAAUCUGACUCGUUAGACAACGACAUAUCUGAUGACAACAAACACUUCAUUACAACCCCAACCCACACAAUGUGUGUCGAGCAGAAGAACCUCUGAAUUGAUCUAUUGUUUUUAACACAUUGUUAUUUUUGAUACUGGAUUGGUGGUUUCUGUGCGAAUAACAAAUAUGUAUUAGAUUUGUUUUUAACCAUCUCUGUAAAAAACACUGACAGAAUUAUUAAACUUUUUUCAAUCUUAAGAAAUAGUAACGUUAAGGGAGGUAUAGGGUUUUAGGGUCCUUGCUAAACGCAAAAUAAAUAUGCGAAUAAAUGUGAAUAAUUGCAAAUAUGUUAAUAUGACAAUGUUGUAAAAUGCACUUUUAAGCUGUUCUGUGAAGCGUUUAAUUGAAAGCCCUGUUGACUAGUGGAUUAAAUGCUGUAAAUGUUGAUUUUUCUCUGUUAAAGGGACAGCGUGCUCAACCCUAAACGAUGUGUUUUUCAGACAGCAUGCUCAACCCUAAACGAUGUGUUUUUCAGACAGCAUGCUCAACCCUAAACGAUGUGUUUUUCUGACAGCAUGCGUGCUUUCUAAACAUUUGCAUAUAAUCUGCAUUGAAUUAAAAACAUGGUCAUCGAAAUAUUUUCUCAUUAAAAUGGUGUAAACUUUA